UUGCUGUAUUGUAUUUUAAAAUUGAAAAAAUAAACCAAAAAACAAAAACCGAGACCUCAGCCGGUACCGAUUCUACUGUAUGUUCGCAAUUCAUAAUUUGUAUUCAUGUCUUUUUAUUAAUUUUUAAAGUAUAUAUAUUAUAUACCGGUAGAACUACUCUUAUCACACAGUAUCAUGACCCCGUUACAGCACACUGUAAACAACAAGCGAUCUUCUGCGACAGGCUGCUGCACGCUGCUGCUUUUAAUUGUCCUGAACGCUGUGUAUUGUUACAAACCCAUAAUCAUUGUGCACGGGUUAUUCGACAGUUCCAGCGACUUUAAAACCCUCCUUGGCUACAUCAACGAGACUCACCCCGGCACCAAUGUCACGGUCAUCGACCUCUUCGAUCACAGCGAGAGCCUGCAGCCCAUGUGGAAACAGGUGGAGGGCUUCAAGGACGCCAUCUAUCCCAUCAUGCAAAACGCAGCCAAAGGGGUGCAUCUCAUCUGCUACUCUCAGGGCGGGCUGGUGUGUCGCGGGAUUCUCUCCACUCUUCCGGAUCACAAUGUGGACACCUUCAUCUCCCUGUCCUCUCCGCAGGCUGGUCAGUACGGAGACACUGAUUAUCUGAAGUGGGUGUUCCCCACCCUGGUCAAGACCAAUCUCUUUCACUUCUGUUACACUCACGUGGGGCAGGGCUUGUCCAUCUGCAACUACUGGAACGAUCCUCACCACCAGGACAUGUACUUGAAUAGCAGCGAUUUCCUGGCUGUUUUAAACAAUGAACGAGAGAACCCCGAUGCUACAGUCUGGAAGAACAAUUUCUUGCGAAUCAAGAAGCUUGUUUUAAUCGGAGGGCCAGACGAUGGUGUCAUCACACCUUGGCAGUCCAGCCACUUUGCGUUCUACAAUGAGAACGAGACGGUUGUGGAGAUGAGAGACCAGAUGGUUUACCUGAAGGACACUUUUGGUCUGAAGACCCUGGAUGCCAGAGGAGACCUGGUCACCUAUGAGAUGAGUGGCGUGCAGCACACCAAGUGGCACUCCAACCAGACCGUCUACACAGAGUGCAUCGCCAGGUGGCUCACAUAAACAACACCACAGCAACCGGCUGCAGAUCACACCGCCUCCUGCGUCUUUACUCUCCCCUUUGCGUGUUUGCAAUCCUUUUUAGUGGUUCCUUUUGCAGUUUCUCAAAUACUGUGUUUAUUAAGUCUGUGUCGAGGUGGCUUGGAGCUCAGCUGCUCUUCAAUUCCAGUUGCCUGCUAUUGUAAUGUAAUCCAGAUCCACAGAAGUGUCCUUUUUAUAUGAGUAUGCGCCCGAGUGCACAGCUGUGGAUUGCCAGAAUUAGAACAGGAUAUCCAAACUAUUAAUACUCAAUAGUGCUAAGUUUUAGAAUAUACUAAAAAAACAAAAAAAAACAUUCUGAAGACUUCUAGUUAUAAUGUUUGUUAUUGAUCUAGCCCAUGUUGCAUGAAUCAACUAGCACUGAAGGGCAGCUCCUGAGCUCCUUUGGUCUUUGAGUAACUGCACUGUUGCAAUGAGAAGCACUCAAAGAUUGCAAACAUCCGAAAAUGAAACGGGGACGGUUCAAAUGAAGGACAUUUAAAAAGGGAAACUGUAAUUUGAACUUACAUUUUUAAAUUAUAAUAGUGUUUUUGAUACCACAGGAGCCAAACAGUAAGAAAUCAUGAAUCUCAAGUUGUUUUUUUGGGGGGUUUCAUUAUUAUUAUUAUUUUUUUAGAUUGUUAGAGAUCUGUCAUUUCUGUGUUCAGUUUUUAACCGUCAGGUUUCGUAACAAGGGACAGUGAUGUAAAGAGGUGUGAUAUUAUGCAGUGCUAGAUGUUACGCUGCGUGACACAAAUACUGAGUUUAGUGAAUGAAGUGGUGUAUAGCACAUGUACCAUGUUCUGUCAGCAUGGCCUUGUGAAUUAUCGAAUCAUGACAUUCGGCUAGUGCCUUCAUCAGUGUAAUGCAAUUUGUGAAGAAACUUGGUUAGGACAUUCUUUAACCCUAGGUAUUGUGCUAAAGAAUGUCAGAACUGUGUGUGUUGGAGGAGGGUGUGUGUGUGUGUGUGUGGGGAGGGGGGGGCUAGGUUAUCUAAUUUAGAUUUUUAUAUUCAUCUAGAUGAAACUUGGUUUGGGCAUUCUGUAACCCAAGUUACUGACUAUCACAAUUUAAGUCAAGUGUAUGUCAGUUUGUCUUGCUUACAUUUUUCUAUAUAUCUAGAGAAUCAUUCAUCCAAUUGUGGUGAAAGUUGCUGAUAAUGGCAAUAGUUGAAACAUUUUGUGUUUUUAUAAAAUGUUUUAUUAAAAAAAAAAGUAGUUCUAUUGAGGGAAUAGCUGUACAUGCUGUAUAUUAUAGAGGAUGAACACCACCCCACCCCAUCCCCCCCAUCGCCCCAUCGCCCCAUCACCCCAUCACCACCGCCGCAGGCAGUAUUGGUUUAUCCCUAAAUAUAAGACUCCCAUAGCUAAAGACAGACAGAAGUAUAUGUCAAAAUUAGAAACGAUUAUGAAAAAAAGCAGCUGCUGAACCCAUGUUGGGGAGAAGUGUGCUUUUGUUUACUAUUUUAAACUGAACAAAUAGUGAAUUGUAACAUUCAUUUUUAGAAGGAACUUGUAAAGCAGUUUGUGAUGUUAAUGGACAUGUUGAGUGGUUAUGAGGCUUUCCGGCGCUAAUGAAAACAUCAAGCAAAUAUUAUUUAUGUACAUUUUAAUUGCAUCCUAAUAUAAUUGCAAGCACUGUAUCAAAUUAUAUUGGACGAGAAGAAACCACUCUUGGUUGAAUCGUAUAUAUUUCUAUUUAUUUUGUUGUGCAAUGUGUUGCUGUUGCAUGCUGGUACAAAAUCCCUUCCUGUGCUGUCUGUCAGUUUCACGUACAUGUUUGGAGAAUGUGUCACACAGCACAGGAAGGGAUGUAGGUAACGGGUGCAAAGCCUUCAUCAAAGAAGGGGUGGGAUAGUUUUGCUCAGAUUUUAGUAAGGGAUUUGUAGGACAUUCUAACCUUAUGUCUAUGAUUAUGCGUUUUGUUUACCUUUGUGAGAUUCUGGCAAUAAACAACCCACCAAUGUGGAUUACAUUUUGUACACGUGAACAUUUUAAGGUGCAUUUUAAAAUAAAAUGUAUUAAAAACAAAACAAAACAAAUCUGUCAACGGAAUGUAUUUCUUUUAAUUUUAUUAAAUGUUUUUGUGAUGCUAAA